GAAUCUGAACCCAAGAUGGCUGACACUUGUUGGUCUCGAUAAUUGUAAGCGAUAAUUUCGAAAAGUUUUGGUUAUUUCGUCGAACUUUUUUUUUAUUUUGAUCGAUAUGUUAGUGAUGUUCUUGUGCGGCGCUUAAUUUUUGCGGAAAAUCGUAGGCAGUAAUGUUAUUUAGUGAAAUAUUUGGAAAUGACUGCUUCCGUGGACAUUCAUUAUUUACUAUUUUGUGGUGUAAAUAUUGGAUUAUUGUAGAUAGAAAUGGAUAAUUUCUCUGCACAAACUGAUAGUAGCCCCUCGCCGUGUAUGAACGGUUCUAUGAGGCGGCCGUCUCCGAGUCCAAGCACACCGGUUUCGGGGGCAGUGGGACGGCCUGCCUCUCUCAUGGAUCAAUCCCAAAACCAACAGCAUGUGGUGCGCGUCUUCGUUAUCCGCGAUGAACAUGGUUACGGGAUGAAGGUUUCUGGCGAUAAUCCUGUUUAUGUACAGAGUGUUAAAGAGGGUGGUGCAGCAGAGAAAGCAGGUCUUCAUGCCGGGGAUAAAAUCGUCAAAGUGAAUGGGGUUAAUGUAAUGCAGUCGACUCACACCCAGGUUGUUGCCCUCAUUAAGUCUUCUUCUCAAGUUGUUUUAACCGUGCAGCAAAGGUCGAGUGUGGCUAGAACCGUUGGAUCACCUAGUACCCACAAUCGACCAGUUACUACUCCAACAUCUUCAUCAAGAAUAACUGGUCCUCAACCUGUUGAUAACGAGAAACAGUAUCAAUUGCAGUUGGAAAAAGAACAAUAUUAUAGAUUGAUGAUAGAAAAAGAACAGCAUUACAUAGACCUUCUUCGCAGCCAAAUAGCCUCCUCUCCAGAUGAAAAGAAAUACCAGGAAUUAGCGAAAACAGAAAGAAACCUUCAUACGUUGCAAGCCAUGUUACAAAGAAGUCAGAGUGAGCAACACUCUCAGUUUACUGACUCCUCUCUAGCCCUUAAAACCCACACUCCACAAUCACCAAAUGGAAAUUCCGAUAAUCCACCACCUCUCCCUAAAAGAAACAAUCCCAACACUCGCCAAAGGGCCACCACUGAUCCCAACAAAUCUUCCUUUCCCAAUAUAAAUGGCAAACUAUCAUUGGACGUUAACUUUAUCAAUAACGAAAUUAACGCUAAUGCUCCUAAGAGUCCUAAAAGGAAAAAUAAACGCCCGUUAGGCCCUUUGGUAUUAAGUUCACUCGAUCAACCUCCACCUUUACCUCCUAGAUCCACACAUUCCGCUCCUACGAGUAUGUCUUUGGAGGACGCGGUCAACUCGAUAAAUAAACAAAUGUCGUACCCGUUAGUGGCUACAUGUGCUACAUUAGUUAACGAUGAUUCACCGAAUCCCACGCAUCAUAGAACAAAGUCUAGUCCCGAAACUUUAACAGGGACACAUGAAAGUAGUAGUAAUUUGAAAACGUCUGAAAGCUUAAAUGAUUUAAAUAGACAGGAAGAUUGGGAAACACCACCUGGUACACCACCACCACCCUAUCCCAGUCCGCAGUCUUCAAGAAAAGAAGGAAUAAUAGGAGUAGAAGAACAGCAAUUUGAUGAGAGUUUCACGGAUUCACCAGAGACUUCAUUUAGAAGCAAUGGUUCUAGAAUUUUGGGAAAUACUUCACCUAUACAUGCUGCUACCCCUCAAAUUUCUCAACAACCAAUCAUGAGUAUGGAAGAUGAUGAAAUCUCAGAUCAAGAAAUAAACCAGUUGGAAGAUCAUGGUCAUUUCAAAUCUUUAUCAAGACUUUGGGAACAUCUUCCUCACCUUGCAGUAUUUAUGAACUACAUACUAUCCAAUUCUGAUCCACAUGGCUUGAUGUUUUACCUUCUGACUGACCUUUACAAAGAAGGUAAUGCGAAGGAGAUGAGAAAGUGGGCUUUCGAAAUUCAUUCCUGUUUUCUAGUACCUGGAGCGCCUCUCAGGUUGAGUAAUGUAGAUGAAAAUAUUGCUCGAGAAAUAGAUGAGGUACUUACCAGAGAAUAUGACAAAGAAGAAAUUCUUCGUAAAAUAUUCUGGAAAGCAAGAUCUCGUGCCAAAGAAGAACUUACUAGACAGUUGGCAGAUUUUCAGCAGAAACGAACUGCUGGAUUAGGUACAAUUUAUGGUCCAACUGAUGCAGCUUUGGCUGAAGUGUAUCACGAUAAAGCUAAAGAAACUAAGUUGUAUGAAACAUUAUUUUUAGAAAAGUUGGAUCCUUAUUUGGAAGAGAUCGAAAAGGAGAGUUAUGAUAUUAAACGUUUUUAUAUGGCGGCUGCAUUAACGACUGUCCUUACUAGAAUAUUUCAAAUCCGUCCACCCGCUGUACAUGCCUUGGAUAGGUGCCCUACAUUUGUUAACAAAGAAAAAUCAUUUAGAACCAAAUUUAUUGGGAAAUAUUCUAGAAAGUUAAAUAUUAUGGGUCAUCAAUUUGUAGCACAACAAUACUAUACUGUGAUAUUUUGUAGCAACUGCCAUCAAAUAUUAUAUGGAAUAGGACCUCAAGGAUACCAGUGCACAGCUUGCCUUAUAAAUCUUCAUCGACAUUGUGUUCGUCAGUUUGAAGACAGUUGUCCUGGACCAAUAACGAAAAAAGAUCGUGGUAUAAUGAAGCUGAUAGGAAUGCGACAUGAUGCUAACGAACACUCUAGGAUUAAGAAGAGUUCCCAAUUUCUCCAAAUGGAAAGAGACAGAAGGCAAGCCGAAGAAAUCAAUAGUUCAGAUUUCAACGAAAAUGAAGUAAAACAAACACAGCCUGUGUCUCGGAGCGGAUCUGACAGAAGACCGGAUGCGGUACGUGAAGAGGGUCUAAAACAUCAAGAAUCAUCAAAAACAGAGUCCUCUUCUCACGAUAUACCCAAUGAUAGAUUAGAAGCCGCCAAUAUGGUUAGUAGUACCAUCCUUCCUGCUGCCGGAAGUCAAAAGAAACACAAUAGCAAUAUUAAUCGAUCAGAAAGUGUAAAGGAACAAUCCGAAAAGCAAAGGAAGCAACAAAGAAGAAACAUCAGUGAUCCCUCGCAUAGUACCACAAGUGGCGACGUCGACUUGGAACGGCAUCCAGCUUUUUCAAACACCGAUUCAGGAAGCUCCUCAAAUUCCAGUAUAUCCUGCAAUGGCAGACUUUCGGAAAGCCCCAGUAAUAGUGUGGACGCUGUCAUACAAGAUAAUGCGCGAAGAAGUACCUUAGAAUCGGAUAGUGAUAUCGAACACGAACAAUGGGAAAGUUUAGAGGAAUUGAAAAAUCUUCCUCCUCACGAGAAGAAAAGACAAGAUGUGAUAAACGAACUCUUCCUUACCGAAAAUUCGCAUGUUACAAACCUAAAAGUUCUCUACUGUAUCUUCUACAAGAAAAUAUUAGAGAGCCAUACUUUAAAACCAGAUGAACUUAAUUUAAUAUUUGCAAAUAUUAAAGAAAUCUUAGAUCUCCAUACCGAAUUUAACAAAGAAAUGAGGAAGAAAAGAAGAGAAGAACCCAUCGUGAGAGAAGUGGGUACUCUGUUAGCAAAUAUGUUUGGAGAAAAAUAUGGAGAGCUGUUGAAAAAUGCUGCAGCUAAAUUUUGUGAAAGACAGCAGAUGGCAUUAGAAUUUAUUAAGAAAAGGCGGGAAAGGGACUCCAAAUUUGAUGCUGUUUUGGCUGAAUGUGAAAAGAAACGGCAAUGCAGACGGUUACCUUUCCAAGGAAUUUUGCCAACACAGAUGCAGAGGCUUUCAAAGUACCCACUACUCAUAGAGAGGUUGAUCCAUAGCUUGGAAACAAACACGUAUAGUGAUCAAGUACAGCAACAAGAGGAGCUCUCCAAUUUGAAAAAAGCUCACCAAAUGUCUAAAGAUAUUUUAAAUCACGUUAACGAAGCGGCUAAACUGGCACAUAAUAAACACAGAUUGGAAGAAAUACAAAAACAUUUGGAUACUAGUGGUUUUGAGAGAUCUGAACAGCCCAUAGCACAAGAAUUUAGGACUUUUGAUUUAACGAAAUUUAGGUUAAUUUUAGAAGGUGGUAUGCAAUUGAGGCGGCCUAAUAAACCAGUCGUACCAGUUCAUAUUUUACUUCUAGAAGAAGCAGUUAUUAUUCUCCAUAGGGAUAAUGACAGGUUUCUCCUCAAAUUUUUCCAGUCAGGUUCUGCGGCUCAACCUCAACCACUUUCACCUAUCAUCAAAAUGAGUAUGCUUUUAGCGAGGGCUAAUGCUGUAUGCAAGAAUGCACUUUUUCUUGUUAAUAUGGCAGCCAACAAUAGCCAAAUGUACGAUCUUAUAGUUGAGGAUGAAAUUAAACGAGAAAUAUGGUUCAAACAUUUUACUGACGCUACAGAAUCGUACAAGCGUCAAGGUAAAUCCCUUGACCGUCAAGAACCUGCUUCAGAUUCCGAAACAGAAAGUGUACAAGAUCUGCCGCCGACGGAAGACGUUUCCGAACGUGCCGAGACAGUUGGAGGUGCAGAAUCACCAACGGAUACUGCUGUCGACGAACCUAGUGAAGAAUGUCAAGAAAAAGAAUCUGAAAGUGGACAAGGAGAGAGUAAAGAAGACGAAACUAGAGCGUCUUGUACGACACCAGAAAUGGUUGCUGGUGGUGGUAUACAAACGACAAAGGUUAGUGCAGAAGAAUGGCCGUUAAUACAACCGUCGCAAGUCAACGUAGCAGUACCCCCGGUUCACAUCGCCGAAUCCAUGCUCACACCGUUAGAGCAAAUUCGUCGAAAGGACGCUAUGGUCAAACAAGCAUUAGAGGACAAAGAAGGCCUAGUAGCAGACAUGUUGAGUAUACCUCGUGAACAUUUCGAACAUAUCGCAGAUAUGGCCUCAAUCGAUCCUUCUAUUGGAAGAGAUCCAUCUGAAAGGGUAUUAGCCUCCAUAUUCCAAGUCAAUCAACUACAGAAGGCUGUGAACGAAUCUUUGAAUAUCACCGAAUUAGAUGCCAUGGCUGUUAAAGGAGGAAAACACCCAACUUGUGCAAGUCAACAAGAAGGCAGUGAUGAACAUUCGAAUAUACCUACUAUACCUACUAAUCUAGUUAGAGAAAUAGCCAGCUCUCUAAAUUCACAGCUUACGACCCUUUUGAGCGAAGUAAAACAAAUAGAAGAAGAGAGAGAUAGGCUAAGAAAAGAGUUACACAGAGUUCGAGAACGUUUACAUGAAGAACACAAUCUUCAUAAUCCUUUAAUUGUUGACGAUGACAAUAUUGAUUGUGCCUCAGAACAGAGCGGCCCCAAUGACAGUUUACAGAUAGUAACAAAAAGCGAUUGCGAGGAAUCAGAACAGUGAAGAGACCAGCAGCUUAUACAUUUCUGGCGCUCGUUAUAUUUUUAUUGUACUAAAAAAAUUUGUCCUUUUUGCAUAGAUAAUCUGAAAGUGUACAUUUAUAUAUAUAUAUAUAUAUAUAUAUAUAUAUAUAUAUAUAUAUAUAUAUAUAUUUAUAUAUAUAUAAUUGUAAUGAAAAAAUUGAUAUCCUGGUAUUAUAUAUACACUAUUUUUUUAAUGAACGAAGGAAACAAUACUGUGAUCUUUACACACAUGUAAGUUUUCCUGGCUGUUCAGCGACUUUAAAUACAAGAACCUGUGGUUAUAUUUAAAGUCUGUGCAAUAAUGCUUACCUAGUUGUUCAUUAUUAUAAAUCGCUAGAGGACGCUAAGUACGACAAUUGUAUUUAUGUGUACAUAAUAUAGAAUAAGUUUAUAUAAUUUUGUUACAUUUUUAGUAUUUUUCCAUUAGUUAACCCUCUUACUAGAUAAUUCAUUUCAUCAUAUUUUGAAGCGAAAUGUUUGUAAGUAAAUUCUUAAAUUGACAUUAGCAUCCAUCUUAAAAAUAACAAAUCUUAUAUUUAUUAUUAUUUUCUUAUAAAGCAUUGAAAACGAUAAUUUCUUAUUUUCAGUGAAUUUUUAGGUAAAUGGAGUAAAGUAACUUGAGAAGUUUCUCUGUAAAAAUAAUAUUCACUUGGACAUAAGACCUAUAUGGCUCUUACACUUCAACUGUGACAUUACCAAAAAAUUAGCACCCCAAAUUAACACAUGCUCAAUUAAUUUCAGAAAUUUUUGUUAUAUGUUAGUUAUAGAUUAUUGUGCAAUUAUUGAAGUUUUUAUUCAGAAUGAAUUAUAUCAAAUAUAUAUAUAUUAUUUUACAAUGUUGCUCCUUUUUUUCUAAAUCAUAAGUUCUAGCUGCUACAGAGGUGUCAGUACAUCUUCCGUAAGAUGCAACUUAGUGGUUUAAAGUAGUAAUAUAUAUGAUAGGGGGCACAAUCAUAUUUUUGAAUCUAUGUAAAUUAAGAAACAUAAGGAAUAUUAAAUGAACCAAAAUUGUGUAACCCAAUUGGAUUUAGAUGAAUAACAUCUUAGGUCAAACCUAUGUGCUGUGUUGAUGAGGUCUUCAAACAUAGAAGCUAUUCUUCUUUUAUCUGAAAAAGAGAAAAAGUUUCUUUUCUUAAACUUGUAUCAAAUUUAAUACAAAUUAUCAAAAAUUGGUCUAUGCUGCAGAAUUAACACGUAAUCCUAAAAAUUGAUUGAAUUAUUAUUGUAUUUAUUGCAAGUCUGACCCCAACAGGCUAGAAUCAUUAUUCUGGAGUACUUUGAAUACAUUUCUGAGGUUUAUAAAAUUACUGGGUGUAUGAAAAUUAAUAAAACAAAAUAUUUAUUUUCGAUUUUAGAAAAAAUCAUGUGUCAUAGUCUCCAUGUAGGAGAAUAAUUUUUAUUAAUGCAUAAUAAUCGACCCCUCACGGGGUUAGAGUAGGACAAAAUUACCUCCAAGAAGUGGAAAUUGUAACUUUAGUUCGACCCGCAAAAGUCCUGACCUUUUUCCCAAUGAACACUGUUAGGAUGUAUGAAGUGAGUAUUACCUCUGACCCUAUGACUCUUCAUCCCACAAGUGUUCAUUGAGAUAACUAACUGAAAUUCUUAUGGCCCAAGCUAGAUUUAGAAUUUUCAUUCCCUGGAAACAAUUAUGUCCUACUGUAGGCAGGUGCAGAUUUAUAUUAUCAUCCGUUGAUAAACGUCUUUUUUCACUUUGGGCAUAACUUGUACUAAUAGAUAAAGUGAACUUAUAAAAAUCAUUUUUCAGGAAUUUGAAUAACUUCCUAUUUUGUGAAUAUUGUAAAUAUUAUGGAUUCAUAUAUUCUCAACUCAAAAACAAUAAAAAAAUAUCUUUAAUUUACUGGCGUCAGUUUAAAAAUGUUUCCUGUCAGUUUUUAAAGCAAAAAGAUGCCAACAAUAUUUUUUUUUAUGCCAUAACUCCUUUAUCUUCACUCACAUACAUCUAACUAAUUAUUAUAUUUAUUAAUAAUUGAAGAUGCCAUAACGUUGGUGACUGUGUGGGAUAAAGUUAAAUGCAGAACUCCUUAUUGGUCAUGAGUCACCUUUCAAAAUUAAACCAUUUUUCUUGACACAAUUAUUCUAGAAUUGAAAACAAUCACAUGUGACAAAAUAGUGGAAAAUCAAAAAUUAUCUUCUUCAUAACGACCAAAACAAACAACGUGACGUAUAGUUUCUUAUAUUUUAUAUGAGCAUAAGUAGAUUGAUUGUUUGGUAUUUUGUCAUCAAUAUUUAUAGAGUGAAAAGCUUACCAUUCAUUGAAUAAUGAUUAAGAAUGAUUACCAAUCUAGAAAAAAUUAAUAUACACGAGUUUUUAUUAUAAGAUUCUAGGUAUUUCAGAUUUGUAAAUAUGUAGACUCUAACAUUGCAGGUAGUAAUGCUGGUUGCCUAUAGUAUGACGUCUUGGUGGAUUAAAUAUAUUUUAAUUAUAAUUUUAUUUUUUAAACUGUCCUAAUUUGUAGAAAAUAAAUUACUGGCAGUACUUCUGUUUUCUUUGAUAUGACUGUGAAUUUCAGUUUUUUUUAUGUCGUCAAAUGUAGACCUUUCAAUAUUUCACCUCAAAAUGUUUCUACAAUGCAAUUUACAAUAUAUUGAGUAAGGGGGUUACUUUGUGGAAGUACUAGUUGUUAUACAAAGAAUUUCACAAUUAACAGAAACAAAAAAAUGUGUGUGUUAGGUGAUCCAAAAUUGUUCAUACAUUAAUUCUUAGAAUUUUAGUUUUUCAAGAAAUAAUGGUUCUUCCGUAUGAACAUAUUUUUUCUAUAAUUUCGAUAUGACAUUAGAUUAAUUAAUUGUCACCAUCUAUCCUAUACCAUAUGAAUACAUAAUAAUUUUGAGGUUUAAGUAAUUUUUAUUUAAUCAAAGAAAUAAUUUUAAACAUUUUUCUUUAGAUGUUUCUAUGCAUUAAAGGUAUUUUUUAUAAAAAUUAUUAUGAAGUCUCAGAAAAAAUUGCUGUUAUAUUUAAAAUUACUAUUAGCUUUACAUGAUCGCCUUUUAUAUAAGCUAUGUAAUCUGAUAUAUGAAGUAUUAGUAUGUAUAAACUAUUCAUAAAAAGUAUUUUCUCCAUAAAAAAUGUGAGUACUUUAUAUAUUAUUACUUAUUUUUAAAGUGAAAUAUAUUAUAAGUAUAUUUUAUGAUGUUUUUUAUUGUUUUUAGAAAUGUUUAUGUAGUAAUAUGUGGAUGUAGUCGUGGUAUUCUUUGUAUAGAAAUAUUAUUUAUAACAAUUCCCCCAUUUACCUGAUAAUAGUAUUCUAUUUAUUUGUUAGAAAAUUUGUGUUUUUUAUUCAAUUGGUGUACUCUAAGAUAUGUGGGUGUUACACCAUUACGUUUUCGUUAACUUGGUCUAAAAGUAAAUAACAGUACUAGUGUUAUUGUUAACUGAACUUGAGUCAUUUUAUAAUGAUGUGAGUUUCAACCUAUGAAGACUUGUUUGAAACAAGAUUUUUGAAGUUAUCCAUCUAUCAAUUUAAAACGUGUCUAUGAUCUGUAUCUUGCUUGUUCUUUGGAAUAAUCUAGGAUUUCCUGGAAAUUCAUUUUAUUUGAAAUGAGGGAUUCACGUCUAUUUUAAGUUGCACUACAGGCAUAAUAGUAAGAAUUUUUCACCUUAAUAUGAAUAAAUUUAAUGUUAUUUCUAAUGCAAUUUAUUUUCAAGACGUGUUGUUACUAGAACCUUAAGUUAAAAUUUGAAAUACAAACAGUGUGCGAGUAUAGGAAAGAUUGAAUUAUCAUCUGCACCAUAUAUUUUAAUCCUUGCUCGUUUGAUUCAACAAUAGCAAAACUAAUUUUUUCACAGAUCAAACAAAAAAUUAAUGUAUUUUAUUUUAUACAAUUUUAGUUUUUUAAAAAAGUCAGAUUUACUUUUUUAUUUUAUUUUCAGUUAGCUGAAACAAAAAAAUCUACGAAAUUUGAAAAAAAAAAUAGUAGAACAGUCCAAGUUAUGAACACCGUCCUAUUUAAUUUGUUAUAAUAACCAUCAUCAUAGACAUGCAUUUAAAAUUGAAUAUAUAUAUAUAUAUAUAGAAAACCUUUAAUGACACUUUGUGGGAUGUUUUCAAUCAAUAAGUAAACGAGGUAACCAAGCUUUGAGAGGCUCUUUGGACUGAUUUUUUAAUUUCUUGUAAAAUGUCUUAUGAACUGGAUUAUAAUGGGACCAAUGUAAAAAACAAAUAUUGGGACGUUAUUGAUUAUAAAUAUCAGGAGAACUUUAUUAUCUAGAUCGUUUCUAUUUAUCUUCAGUAUAGGUGAUACUUGAGAUCUGGAAACAUACAUUUAUCAAAUUUGCAAAAUAUGUUCAGAUCUCGUCGGGAACAACGAAUUUUGUGAACUUCUGAUACAAGAUGAAGAAAAAUAGUAUGCACGCAGCCCGAAAAUUUUGGCAUGAGUAAUAUUAAACUGUAUCUCUUUAUCACAUAUGCUGGGAAACCCACUGAUGCAUUUUUAGCAGAUUCUUUGAUAUUGAUAAUUCCUAUUAGAGAACAUCUGGUGGAAUCUUCAGUGAAUGGUUAUUUGGAAAGUUUGAAUACUUUUUAUUGAAUAAACUGGUUUGUACAAUUAUUUAAAGUGCUUAUUAAAAUGCUAUAUUCUAUUAGUGCCCUUACCUACUUGUAAUACAUUCAUUUUAUCUUCUUAUAAAACCCAUUAUAUUUUGAAAAAUAUUCAAAAGAAAUGUCUUCUCAGAUUUUCAAUUUUGCAUUAUUGCAACAAGCUUUCUUAUGUGAAAAGUUAGUUUAAGAGAACCAACCAUAUUGGUUACCUUUUUUGAAAAAUGUAAGUGCCUUUGAUUAGCACCCCUUGUUGUUCAUAUACCGCUUUUGUAUAACGCUUUGCCAUUGUGCAUUUUUGUUAGAUGAAAUGUACCCGAAAGUCACUUCGCAUUUAAUAUACAUAGAUGUACAUUAUUUUACUUACUUUUUUUAUUUUUUUUUUCAACAGUGAAUUAUAGAUAAUGGAUGACACAGCAUACAUUUGUUAUUAUGUAUUUAUAUAUUUCAAAAUAACAGUACUAUUAUAAAUAAAUUUCUCAAAACCCGCAA